AUGACUGUUAUUGGAACCAAGGAACCAAAAUCUUACAGUGAAGCAAAAGGGAUGACUGAAUGGGUGGAGGCUAUGCAGAGAGAAAUUAAGGCUCUGCAGGACAAUGAUACAUGGGUUAUAACCCAGCUGCCUCCAGGGAAAGCGACAAUAGGGUGCAAAUGGGUGUAUAAAACGAAGUUCAAGGCUGAUGGCAGCAUUGAAAGGUACAAAGCUCGCCUGGUGGCUAAAGGCUAUACCCAGCAGGAGGGCAUUGACUACCUUGACACCUUUUCCCCUGUUGCCAAGCUCACUACGGUCAGAUUGCUAAUUGCCCUAGCAGCCUCCAACAACUGGUUUCUACAUCAACUGGAUGUUGAUAAUGCCUUUCUGCAUGGAGACCUUAAUGAAGAGGUCUACAUGGAUCCACCCCAGGAUUAA